AUGAGGGGAUUCCUCCGGCGGGGGCAGUGGGGGCUGGCAGGCCGCGGAAGCCCGGGGUCGGGCUGUGGGUUUCAAAGCAGGCGUGGAGCUCAGGCCUGGACAUGGGCAGAGCCAGAGGGGUCAGGGAGGGACAGGGUCGGGGGCAUGGGGCUCCAGGGGCGCCCACCUUCAUCUCGUUCUCCUCCUAGUCAGCAUGCCCCCACCCGCCGGUAUCUCCCCAUUGGAGGACUGGAGGACCGCCGGCCUCCCCAGAGGCCCCUGCACUCUCGCCCUGACCCUGCUCCUGCCCAGGCUCGGAGCUCCUUCCCUCCCUGUGGUCUUGUCCCUCCUGCCCUGCCUGGCCUGGGUGCCCAGGCUCCACCGUGGACUCGUGGAGCUGGGGGAGACGUGCUCAGGCCCUGGCACCUUGGCCUGCAGCCCAGCCCUCCUGCUCGCCCCGACCCACCCUAA